GGUGAGAAUGGUGGAUAUUGGGGGGAUGUUAAAAAGUUAUUGGACCCACUGUCUAAAGCCAUGAUUAAUGGGAAUGGGGCGCACGAAAAACUAUGUGAAAACAUUAAUAUGGGAGAUGAUGCAUCUUCAGCAGCAAGCAAAAAAGCAUGCGAAUUCAUUGUUAGUGGAUUAAAACAUAUAUAUAUAAUUGAGAAGGGGAGUCCCAAGCCUCCGCAGGAUGCUGUGGAAGACCAAAUAUUCCAUCGAACUAUGUCUUGUGUCUUAUUAAAUGCAUUUGCGGAUAAACUGGAGAAAAUGAAAGAUGAAAAGUCGUGUGACGUGAAGAAAGGUAUAGAUCUUGCUUUUAAAGACGAAGGAAGUCUUUACAAAAGUGUAUGCCCAGAUGGUCCAUGUAAACAAUGCAAGAGGGAACAGAACAUUGGAGAUUGUAAUAUAGGCCAGGGUAAGAUAGGGGACAAAUUAAAAUCAAUGCUCAAUAAAGAAGGCAAAAUAGAGCAAAUGAAGCAAACUCUAGAGAAGAUAUGUCCAAAAAGCACUGCACCUCCCCAACGCUCUUACACCAAGGACCAACCUUCCGGACCACAAGACGCUACGAAACCAGUUACACCGGGCGCACCUCCAAGUGCAGAAGGAGCCGGUAGGAGUGCACAACCUCCUGUAGCACCAGUACCAAAUCAUCACGAAACUCCCCCAAGUGAAACAGGUAAGUCUGCAACUCCGAACUGUGAUGGUAAUAAAGGUGUAGAUGGUGGACCAAGUGCAGCUGAGGAAUGUUUGAAAUUGAUUGAUAAUGAUCAUCCAGCACCUGAUAACAUUCCACAGGAUCCUGAUGAGGCUGAUGCUAAUAGUGGUCCUAAGGGUGUCGCAGGUAGUUCACCAGGUAAUGUUAAUGUAGCUAAAGGUGAAGCAGAACUUCCUUCUACCUCUGUCAACCCUGCUCCAGCCGCUGCUGCUCCUAAAGCGGAAGUUGAUACAAGUCCCCCGGCCGGUGCUGCAGAUGGUAGUCCUGAUGCUGAGAAGAGUGAUCCAGGCGUUAGCAGUGGUGGUCCAGAUGCUGUGGAACCAACUGACCCUGAUACUGGUGCCUCUGAUAAUAAUGAAUCUACUUCUGUGAACCCCAAGGUAGAGGACCCUGAUGUGGAUGCAAAGGAUCCUACAGUGGAUAUAUCAGUUCCGGACGUGGAGAUAUCAUCCUCCUUACCAGGAGGACAAAGUCCUCCUUCAUCAUUAGGGAUAUCACUAUCAGGAGCAGGUGGACAGGGUAGUCAAACUGUUCCAAAAACACCGAAGGCUGUCCCACUCAGUAACAAGAUUCACAACCCUUCCAACCUCCUUACCCUAUACCUUCCAUUAAUUCCUGUGACUAUCGCCGCCUCUGUUACGAGUUAUCUCCUGUGGAAGUAUUUUGCCUUGCCUGUUAAAAGAAGACGUCAUAGAAGAGCUCAUGAAGUUUCUGGUCCUCCAUCGUUGGGAGAACAACUCCUUGACCAUGUGGACGACCAGGCAGAUGGUCCACAUGAAUAUACCUUAGUAAAGGAACGAAAACCCAAAUCUGCUCCAACGAGAACGAAGAAGCCAAAAAAAUUGGGUGUUGGUCGCCUCAUGAUUAUCGAUAUUCAUUUAGAAGUCUUAAAUGAAUGUCAAAAGGAGCACCUGCAUUCGACGAAGGAAGACUUUCUUAAAAUCAUUGUUGAGCAGUUUAUGGGUUCUAAGUUUAUAAAAGAAGGAAAGGUUCCAUGUUCAGAUUCCGGGUUUAGGAAAAAAGACUUUGUUCCUAAGGAAGAUGUUCCUAUGGAACAGGUUCCAAGUUCAGAUUCCGGGUUUAGGGUGUAA